CCCACUUUCAUCAUGUUUCUUUCUUAUCGUCGCCGCUCUAGACUGAAGGAGUUCACUACAACAGUUCACCCAAUAGUCAUCGCUGACGGAGGCCACUGGCCACAAUGUCAAUCCUUAUUAUUAAUGUAGUUUUGGCUGUAAUCUUCCAGUGCUGUAUUGUUUUGCCUAAGACGCAUGCAGCAAAUACAGUCAAACCGAAGAAUUGUCCUCCUGGAACAUACUACUCUGGUGUCUCAUUCAUCACAGGGCUUCCAGCAUGCUACGCGUGUCCAAAUACACUAGAAGACUGUAAAAACGAGAAAAUAGCUGAUGUAAAAACGUGUCAAACGAGUUGCGGUAAGCGAAUUUUCUCAUCAAUAUGUGCGCGCGGCCGCGUGCCUUUUAUAUUUGUAUUUAUAUUAGCAGUAAAUGCGUCUAUAUGAAAUAUUGUGAGUGCACUCUCGCGCUUUCGCUCGUCUUAAUUUGCGUCUUAAAGAGUGAUUUUACACAGCCCAUUUAUAUAUUUACUCGGUUUCAAAAACGGACGCCUCGAAUUUAUCAGGUUGUGUUCAACAAUCAUUAGACGUACUAUACAUUUAUAUGUAUUAUAACUAGUCAACUUGAUUGCAUCACACUGCAGGGGAAAUAUUUUAUUGGUAUCAUUGUCUAAAUAUAUGUUUCAUAGUAGUACUGAACUAUAUAAUAGUUCUAUGUCAGAUCGAACUGCCGAAUUAGUCAGUUUAGUCGUUUAUUAUUAGAUUUAUGCGUUAAUUAAGAUGUUUCUAUGAUUCUAUGAUUCAUUCAUGGCCACGAAAUCAAUUAUCGCUUGAACCGCAUGGCCACUGGCACUGCGCCUGUGAAAUAUCAUACCUCGUUUGUCGUUUCACAUGCCGGAAUCCUCUCUUAUUUUUGGCCUGGGAUAGUUCAAUUCACGAAUUGAAAUUGUCCUGAAAAAAUAGCACGGGAUUUAUUAACCAUGCAAGCAUUCAAUACUACCGUGACUUGUUUAUUGCACUCAUGCUGAUGUUUACUUUUUACCAUUAUUGGCCUUGGCUUUUACGCCGGCUGUAUACGCUUAUAUGGCCAAGCUAGGACAAGGAGUUUGUUGUGCAAACAGAUCGUAGCGGAUCACAAGUUAUGGUCUUAUAGAACUUGUAACUUAGAAAAGACUAAGUACACAAGUAACCAAUCGAUCUGUCUGUGCUCGAAUGACUAAGAAAAUGCUCUUUGUCUCUGAAUUGGGUCUUAGUCUUAGAUCGUAGCUACAUAUAUAUCAUACUUUAUAUAAAAGUAAAUUGAAGUACAACGACUCGGCAAGUUCCAUUGGGCAUUUUUAUUUUAUUUUCAUCGUCGGAUAUUACAAUUUGAAACUUAAUAUACACAGGAAAAGCCGACUUGUAUAUCAGCUCUGUUCAAUAAUAUUCUUUCUAUAUUCCUUUUGUUUAAUUUAGCGAAUGUCUAUGACUCCUCAAGUACAACAAACCCUUCCUUUUCCAAAGGAACGUUUCCCACCACUCAACUUCAAACUAGAACAACAAAGUCAAAGGGUAAGUCUAAAAGUUGAUUUAUCUGUAUAUAUAUGACUUUACAAUCAAUCAAAAUAUCGUGUGCCGGAAACUCAGCCGGAACUCUAGUUUAAUUUUGCCGAUCAUGGAAACUACUAAUCUUGAAGUUGAUUUCCUUUGUCGGCAGUCGGCUUUGAUUCUUUUCCAAAGGACCUUUUCACAACUCCACAAACCAAAGAUCAACCGAAACUAUAACACCAUCUAUAUAUCUUGCGAACAACCAAAUGAAAAACAAUGAGGAAGACAAUUCACUUGUGCUUCAGGCUUUUCUGUUGGCACAAUCACAAAUUACAUAGGCCUAUUUUAAAUAUAAUUAGGAAGUGAUUAUUUUUCCGGUCUCAGAAACCAACGGCAACGAGGAAAUGUAGAAAGAAAUCGAAUUUCAAAACAUGCAAAUAUGCUAUUUUCAAUUGAAUAUUUAAACUCCUGAAACAAGGCAAGUUCAGAAAUAGAUCUUUUGGUAAUUAAUAACACAAAAAAGUCUAAAAUGAAGCUAAGAGAAAGUUCGAUUUUAAAUAUUUGAUAAAUAUAUAUUAAAGCUCAUUAAAUUAUGACUAAAUAUGAGUAAUUAAAAAUAGUACCAUGAAGGUUUUUCCAUGGUUUGAUGGGGUCCAUACAAUGCAGUGACUUUAUUAGUAGAACCUUUGUAAACUUGAAAGGGAUGACUCAGUGCUGCUAUUUACAUAUAUCCUUGGUUUGUGGUGUUCACCGAUGAUUUUUAAAGGGUACCUUUGUCUCAUUUAAAAAGCAAAAACUGCAGUUAUAUACUAAUCUUUCUAUAUGUUUUUGUUUAAUUCAGCGAACUCGAUCCACUCAUCAAGUACAACGAGCCCUUCCUUUUCCAAAGGAACAUUUCCCACCACAUGGAUUCGAAGAAAAACAACAAAAGGUAAGUCUAACAGUUGAUUUAUCUGUAUAUCACUGGAAUGUUUUUCAAAGUCCUAAUUGGCUAUAUGAAAAUAGUAUAAAUCUUAGUUGAAUAUAGUCGGUAUAUAGGGAAAUCCAAUUUUCAUGCUAAUUGCAGUUUCUAUACUAUGGUUAUUGUAUAUAUUGGACUAGUAUGGAUAUACUAUGGAGUCUAUGGAUUUAGUGAUACAAUUGAAAAUUCCAUAUAGGCAUAGUAUGAAUUUCACUAGUUUUUUCCAGUGCAUAUAUACGGCUUUAUAAUCAAUCAAAAUAUGGUCUGCUGGAAACUCAACCCUUAUCUUCCUUUGAUUCCUUUCCAAAGGGCCUUUUCACAACUCCACAAACCAAAGGUCAACCGAAACGACACCAUCUAUAUAUCUUGCGAACAAUGAAGAAGACAAGUCACUUGUGGUUGGGUUAGCUUCAGGCUUUUCCGUACUUAUAUUCAUAAUUGUCGUCAUCUUUAUAUAUUGGUACGGCAGUCGAAAACGAGGCAGCAAGAUAGUGACCACCCACGAAUUAACAUCACAGACUGGAAAUGACGGGUAAGUAUAUGAUUUGAUAUGAUUUAAUUUUAACACAGAAUGUUGCUCAAUUCACCAUUCAUGAUACACGCGUGCUCGACAACUAACGCCUAUGGAUUGUUUUCAGGGGCGUAGCUACAGGGGUGUGUGUGUGUGGGGUGUAACAGUCAUUUUGUAUUAUACGCGCGGGAAAUUUUCCCGAAGUGGUAACCAUUACAAAAUGACUGAAAAUUACAAACUUCGCAAGGUUAUAUUAAUUUUAUCCACAUUUUACAACAUUUCGCAAAGAAACUUUGGAAUAUUACUAAUUUUGUGAUGCUCUUUCAAGCUGUGAUGAAAUUUUUGUUUAGGCUAGUUGAGAUAAAAAUUUUGGAAAAGAGGUAACCGUUUCCCGCUCGUAAUACAAAAUGACUGAAAAUUGCAAAUUUUGCAAGGCUAUAUUAUCCGCAUUUUACAACAUUUCGCAACGAAACUUUGGAAUAUUACUAAUUUUGUGAUGCUCUUUCAUGCUGUGACGAAAUGAACCAAGGUGGCAAAAAGUGCCUCUAAAAAGAGUUGAUGGCAACUUUAUGUGAGAAGCUGGUAACAGGCAUUUUCUUAUAGUUUAAGCCUUGGUGAACAAGACUGUGCAUGUGCAUGUAUUACCAUUUUUGAUUUUUGCUUUAUAGCCGAAAAUUUGAGAAUUUUAAAAUUUUGCCUAUUAAAUUACUACGAGUGUCUACGAUAGCAAAAAAAUGUAAAAUCUCAUGUUCUCUUAUAUAGGAAAACUAAACUAUACCACUAGAAAGAUCGCAAAAAACUAUGUAUAAGACAAUUAAGCGAGUUCUACGUUUUUCGAAUCCUAUUUCAAGUUUUUAAUGCUAAAAAAUGCGGAAAUGACCAAAUUAAUGCUAAUAAGUACCCAUUUUGCCAACUUUAAUUACCAUCUUUAAUUCAAAAACGGCUUGAAAAAUCACACUAGUCACUUAAUUGUCUUAUAUAUAGUUUUUUGCGAACUUUCUAGUGGUAUAGUUUAUUUUUCGUAUAUAUAAGAGAUUUUACAUUUUUUUUUGCCAUCAUAGUAAUUUAAUCUAUGAAGCAAAAAUCAGAAGUGGUAACACACACAGUCUUGUUCACCAUGCAAGGUUUGAACUAUAAAAAAUGCCUGUUACCAGCUUCUAAUAUAAAGUUGCCAUCAAGUUGUACAAAAUGAUGACAUGGCCAGCCGUCUAGAUGAAAUCCCAAUUGAAUCGUCAGUGCAUGCACUAAAGUUUUCCAGUUGAGUUUUUGCACGGAACUUCCAUUAUUUUUAGCAUAAUUCGUGACUUCCCAGUACCGGAACAAGAGACCACAUCUCCGCCGAUUCUAGAAUCCAUGGCCAACCGACGAUUAUCAGAUCAAUUCUACGAAGAAUCAUCGCAGGAAAAUUAUAAUUAAAGUGCUAUAAAUAUAAUAGCUUGUCACUUGCAAGAGCCCAUAUAGUAAACUUGAACUCUAUACAAGAAAUGUAAUGAGUAAUGUAUCUUACUGACUAAUUUGUGUAUUAUUUUGGUAUUAAAUAUUAUUUAGAUAUUGAGAUGACUAUGCAUUCUUUGAAAAAAAUAACCGUAGGCGUUUAGGAAGUAUAUCCAAAUUUGAAAACUGGUAAUGGAAAUAUGCCAGCUUCAUCAAAUGAACCAAAUAAUUUCCCCAGAGCAGUUGGUCCAGCUAAAGUGGAUUUUCAAAAUCUGCCUAAAUAUACAGUAUCAACAUUGUAUAUAGGAGGGAGGGGGAUAAAGUAUAAAAAUUAAAAGUCACGAAUUUUUUUCAAAGAUUGCAGAUUGGAUUGAAAGCUGUAAAGCUCUUGAUUUAUUUAAAAAAUGUACUAAAAAAUGAAAUAUACUAAAAUUAGAUUGGGUUCAUAUCCCUAUAGCUGCCUCGGGAGUCGUGGCUAGGUUGUCUGUUGUCUUUGAUUGAAAACAACAGUAAUUUAAUUCUUACUACAUUAUAAUGUAGCGUUCUGACUUGGAGGUGAAAUCAACAAAAUCACACAUUAUAAAAUCCAAGUAAAAUAUAUUUAAGUCUAAAAUAUGCAGCAUAUACUGUAUAUCCAUCAUGAUACUGCAUGUAGGUCAUAAUUCAUGAUAUUGUCAUAUGUCUAUUUAAUAUAGUUAUAUUAAAUGCCUUUGCAACCAGAUCUAGACCUCUUUUUACGUAUUGACAAACUGCGGUAAACCGCCUUUCACUUUGCCCAUCAUUUUCUUAUCUCACAUUAAUUUCUUAUUUUUUUUAUGAUUUUUUAUGUGUGUAGUAUUUGGGUCAUUCUGAGAUGAAAUAUAAAUUUAUUUUUAAUGUAAGAAUUCAAAACUUCACCUUGAAAUUUUACUUUUUCCAUACCGAUAAGGCCAUAAGUUGUUCACUAUGAUGUCAUUUUAGCAGCGAAAAAGGCUAGUUUAUUUGCAAUUAAUUAAUGACAUCGUAACUGACAACUCUGACAGUGAAAAAGUUGAUCAAGUAAGUUGUAAUUCUUUACUGUAAUUUAAAAGAUAUAUUUAAUUUUUUCUAAAAAUGACUCAAAAAUUAUACUUUAGUUAAACUCAGGUAACACUAUGCAUAAAAAAGGAAAUUAAUGGCAAAUGUUAUUCGUAUUGUUAUUACAUAUGGUUACAUGUUCGGGAAAGCUGGCCAUGCUCAUAAUUUCUGUGGGAAUGCCUUAUAUAUAACAUCACUCUGUCUCUAAUUGCAUUAAAAUAAUUGCCUCUCGUUACAAGGCAGUAC